GUUCAUUCAGCUGGUGCAUCGCGUAGAUCGUAUACCUCGCAUAAAUACAUCUCGUGCAUCUUCAUAUUUACAAAAUCACCUUACUUUUGUUGUAUAAUAAGAGCUCCAUAAUUCUUUACUCUAGAAAAUGUUUAGUUUAUUUCGAAGAUUAACUUUACGAAGUUAUUGCACGACAUCAGCAUUCAACCUGGCCGAUGCACUAUCUUCGUCGAUAGAUGGUCUAGAGAAGGACACCCUGAGCCAGCUGUUCCAAAAUGCCCCACAUCUAACCAAGUAUGUGCCGGACUUGUGGCACCGAACGCACAAUCUGAUGGCACAGGAGGGUAUCGAAACGGCCAAUUUCCUCUCCAUUGUUACGGGCCAUCCGGAGGUGCUGACAAGGCACCCAGAUCGAUUGAUUUCCAGCAUGAACUGUUGGCGGUCGUGUCAGUUUGGCGACCGGCAAAUGCAGGUCCUUUUAGCAGCUCACCCGCAGUUGCUUGAUUUUACCGACCACAGUCAGCUGGCCCAGAGAGUGGCUUUUCUCCACUCGUAUUUCGAGACGCGGAAGAAUGUCUGGCGGUUGUUCUUGAACUGUCCAAACUUGGUGCUGGAUAAAGAAAGGGAUAUUCGACCCAAAAUAGACUACGUUCUGCAGACGAUGCGAAUUGAGGUGCCGGAAGUGGUCAGGUCGUGCGUUUUCGUGGCGGAUUUGGAGCUGAUCCGUUGUAGGCAUGUGUUCUUAGAGCGUCUCGGAUUGUUCAAACCGCGAAGUUUGAAAGCGGAACCUGGCGAUCCUAACAGUAAUCCGAAACUGAACCAGAUAACGGAUACCACGGAUAAACGUUUUGCAGUAAAAGUGGCCUACGUGACGCUGGAGGAAUAUGAAACAUUUGUGGAAUUGUUCCGGAAGGAGGAGGACCAUUCGAUAGGGGUUGAUGAUGAGGGGCCAGUCGAGGAAUUUGAUCAAUACGAGCUAGAUGACGAUGAUUUUGAUGAAGGACGACAGGAAAGGAAGAAAAAAUACCGUAAAAGAACGUCGAGAAAUUCCGGACGGUAAAAAUGUCUUUUUUGUUUUGUUCAAAAUAGAUAAAAGACAUGCUUCUA